ACAACAGUUCCCCCACAGGGGUUUGACAUUUCAUCAGGCUGUCAAAAGCCCCAACCCAAACAACAACAAAACCCAUCCAAACACAAUUUCCCACACUACUCGCGCAAUCCCAAAACCGUUCCGGCCUAAAAAUGGGGAAAAAUAAGCAUGGGAAACGGAAGCAGUACCUCAACAACGUGGACGUUCCCGUAUCGAAAACGACCGCAAACGUGCUGAAAUCAUCUGCCGGUGAAAAUGUGCUACCACCACCGCCGGCUAAAUCAAUCCUGAAACCAACCGUACCUGCAUCUUCCACCCGACCAUCCUCAAAACUGCAAGCUCCGUCGGCUACAACUUCCACCGGAGCAGGAGGUUCGACAGCGACUUCCAGCGGUGCUACGAAAUACAAACAACCGGAACUGCACACAACGCUCGGUCUUAGUAAACGGAUCGAGACGGUCCAGAAGAUGGAAGCUCCCUCGAUUAACAGCAUCGGCCAGCUGACCCCGAGCAGUAAAAAGCGCGUAAAUGCUAUGGUCACGAAACAUCUGAACCAUCUGUACGAUCAGGUCGUGUUUAAGAAGCUGGCACCGGUGAACGUGAACGAUACGGUGCUGGUCCCGACCACCCGCAGUCGGCUCGGUGAGGCCAAGGCCCGGUACGUGUUCAAGGACAAAAAAGAUCCGGAACCGGUGCUGAGCGACUAUUUGCGUCCGAUACCGCCGUUUACGUUUCACUUUGUGCCGCACAUUCCGACCGCCCAGCUUGGCCGCGUCGCUGCCGGUGACUCGUGGAACAACUUCCACAACAUCGAGUACGUGAUGCGGAUCAUGGAGGAGCACUGAUCGGGUGAGGUAGGCAACACAUGAUCGCUAGGAGUUUUUUCUUUUUAUGAGCAUUUAUUGAAUUGAUUGGGGGAGGGUUUGUUUCCACGGAAACGAACAUUUGUGGAACCGUAAUAGUUGCAAUACAAACAUGUACGAAUUAUCCGCAUCGUCCUGUUCACCAUUAGGCGACUGACGGAGAGCGCUAAGAUGCAUUCAGCGGUGCUACCGUGUGUGGGGUAUUUUUUUAUUUUCUAUUUUAAAGUAUAGUUAGCAUGAUUUAGUAUCUCUUACUUGCAUUAAUUUUGAACUAUUCCUCUUCCUUACACCUUCGAUAUAUUCUCGACACACCAUUGCCUCACCAUCAUCAUUCUCAUCACAGCUGUUCUAUGUUUCGUACGGUUUUGCCAUCACUGCCAUUUCUCCACCAUCUACAGAUAAAUUAAAAGGCCAUUUUUUGGCUUAAUACAACACACACAUAGCUACUCGCAAGUACUUGCAGAGCUGGAAGGCUUAAAUGUAGAAGAGAAAGUUACUUUAAGGAAA